AUGUACGAAGUCUUUCUGUCCACCAUUGUCGCCGAUGAGGACAUCAAGGCAACAUGCUCCAUCCUCGCCGGCCUCUGCGCCAUGCCACCCUGGGAGAGCCUCCAUCGCGUCCUCUACUUCAAAGGCCCCUCACGACCCAAUGGCAUCUCAAACCAGAACUCCAUCGUCAAAUCUCAGCGUAAAGAUGUGCCCGGCCUGUGGAAAGACCUUCAUCAGCAGCUGAGUCGCCAGUCCUACGUCAUCCAGGCCCGAUACGAGGUCUUCAAGGACAAGGACUUUGGCACCGAAACGCCUGCUGACUUUGACGCCCGCGCCGGCGUCCUGCGCUGGACCGACUUCCCCGAUCCGCCGCACAAGGGUUCCGCCGCUCAAGAGCGAGGCCAUCGAGGAGACGUUCCAGUUCUACCGCGACGAUGCCGAGUUCUGUCUCUUCCGUCACUACCAGCUGCCCCCGACCCCGGACGGCACGCCCCUCGCCCGCGUCGGCGCCUGGGAGACGGGCUUCACCCCCUCCGAUCCGGCCCGCGCUGGAUCUUCCUCGUCAAGGUCCACGUCCUGCAGGACAACAAGCCCGACGAGAUCCUCAAGGCCCACGAGCAGCUGGCCAACAUUCGCCGCGACCUCGAGGGCGUCUUUGAGUUUAAGACGUUCGACCGCCGCAUCCACGAUACGCGCGUCGCCGUCGAGAUGCGCAACGCCCCGGCUCCGCUGCCGCAGGUCAUCCGGGCGACGUAG